AUGCUGAUGAUAAAUGGGUAUACCUUCUCGGAGUACAGUCCAAUGUUCUGGUAUUGUACGAGGAAGAAGAGCAGGAAUUGCCAGGCGAAGGCUCGGACUGAUGGUGUAGGGAAUCUGAGGUUCCUGCAGGAGAAUCACACCCACGAACCUCCCGAGUACCACGUCACGGCCUCCGGGCAUUACGUUAAAAUAUAUUUAAAAGAUUGCUGA